AUGUAUGUUCCUGUACAGAGUGUACUUGCACCUUUCAGCUCUCAGGUCAGGGAACAGCUGCUCUACAUAGAGAACCCUAAACAAGAGCUGUUUCUUGAAAUGAAUGCUGAUGGCUCAGUCAAGGGUUCCACAGAACCAAACUCCAAUUGUGUGCUAGAACUGCGCUCAGUGAAAGCAGGUGUGACAGUCAUCAGAGGUGUGGUUACAUCACUCUUCCUCUGCGUGAACAAAGAAGGCAUCCCGAGAGGACAGAAGGAUUACACUGAAAAGGACUGCACCUUUGACGAACAGCUCCUGGAAGAUGGAUAUUCACAUUUCAAUGGAUUAACUGUGUUGCAGCCAGGGAAGAGAUAUAAAAUCAAAUCUUCUCGGUUCCUCCCCGUUCUGAACACUCAGUUGGCGAGAGGAGAGGACAGCCAGAUACACAAGGUGGAACAGCAUAUUCAGGACAUAAACUUAAACUCUGACGACCCACUUGGAAUGAGACAUCAGUCACACAUACAAACUAUUUUCAGCCCUAGUCUACAUACUAAGAAAUGAGGACUGGAGAACAU